AUGCAUUUUGAGAGAUCUAUUAUUACAAGCAAAAUGAUGCACAUGAGUCAAGAAACCAAAUGCAAUACUAUCCUAGAAGGUAGAGAAUCUCAAAAAUAGCGAUUCAGUGUGGCAAUUAUUGGAGAUAGUGGUGUUGGUAAGACCUCGCUAAUCAACAGAUACAUCUUUCAUAAAUUCAAUACAGACUAUAAUAGCACCAUAGAGGACUUUUAUUCCAUCCAGAUUAAGCUCCCUAAGACAAAAAAUGACCCUGAGAAGACCUAUGUUCUUGAUUUGAUUGAUACCGCUGGUCUUGAGGAAUUUUCUUAGGUGAGAGAGAAAUCUCUGAGAGAUUAAUCAGCAUUCCUAUUUGUCUACAAAGCAGAUUCAAAGGAGAGUAUUGACAUCAUUGAAGACUAUCUUAGCAAAAUCAUCCAACUUAAUAGUGGCUCGUUUAAUCAAUAGAGCAAUUAUCAAAAAAAGCCAGUCCUAAUUGUAUAAAAUUAGUAAGACUAAGCUAACUAGUCAACAUCUGAAUCACUUCUGAACUAUCGCCUCAGCAGAUAGAUAUCCUCUCCUGAUCUUAAAUCUUUGAAGGCUAAAUUUGGAAACUUCUUCGAAUUUGAAUAAGAUACUUGUUCAGCUAAAACUGGAGAAGGUAUCUCAAGAAUUUUCCAAACUAUGACUUAAAUGAUAGUAAAUAUUCAAAAUGCAGAGGAUCUCAAGAAUUUUAAAUCCAAUAGAAAGAAAAGGCUUAUCAAAUAGAAAAAUAUCGACAAAUAUUAUCCUAAAAAUGGGGACUAUAGGCACUGUUGUUCCUUUUCAAGAUAUCAAAAUUGUGGAAUAUUUUGA